AUGGCGUUUGACAAAAUUGUUCUAUUGAUCAUAUGUUGCGGUAAGUUGCCACAAAUUUUAAUAAAAUAUAUUGACUAACAUAUUAGGAGAAUAAAUCAUGAACUAUAAUGUCAUAUUAAGUAUUUUUCUGCACGAUAGAAUUGCAGUUAAUAUGGUCGCAAACAAGUGUACCCAAAUCACUUAGAGAAUGUUAUAGAAACAAUGCAACAUUCAAUCCUCAACAUCCAUUGAACUUGCGUAUAUUGGUAGACAUUAUACAGAAGAUGGAAAAGGAAUCCUAUUCAACAAUAGACAUGAGACUAAUGUCUUCAUCGAUAUUACACAGGUUAUUUAAAUUUGAUGGUAUCGAAUACCAACAGAAUAUUCAAGUCACGGAAGAUGUGCUUCCAUUCAGUGGAACAGGAUCACAAUAUAUUAAAUAUAAAUUGAUAGAGGAAUUAGUUCCAGGCAAUGCAAAAGUAUUACCGGUUCAUAUACUUUCACAGAAGGAACAAUGCAUGCUUCACCAAGCUAUUUCAAACACAGUUUCGAAGCCUGACAAUGAAAACAAAUAUAAAUCAUGUGGUCAUACUAUAGAAAAAUUAAUAGGAAAUACUACGUUUACUGAUAUGUGGAACUGUCCAAGACAACAAGGAGUAAUCCUAACUCCGUACGGUACCAUUACUCCUGGGGCAGUUAUAGGAGCAAUUGCUGCAUGUCUCCAACAUCAGAAUGUUGCUGUAAAUCAAUUGAUUGCAAGUUCAGAGACACCUCCUUUAGUCUCGUUAAACAGUUCUCCUUUUCCAUUAGAAAUUAAUUCUACAAACAAUUUAAAAUACAACGAAGAGGAAGUCGAUUUUGUUUUACCAAGAAAUCAGAUGAUUCACAAACCACUCAUGUGGUACGAUGCUUUAAUGGCUUCAUCUGUGAAAAUUGAUAAUAUAUGGUUAACAACGAUUGCAGGUGAAUUAGCGGAAAUGGUCGUGUACCAAGGUCCCUUACUAGGAAAUAACAUGACUCUUGGUGCAACAGGAUUCUGGCAAAAUAUGAUGCGUCCAACAAUUUAUUACCUCACAAGUUUACAUGACAAUUUUGAUGCAACUCGAGCUGAAUUAAUAGGAGGCAUUGACGGAAUGAUUAUUGCAAGUUAUUUACAGACUUGGAUCCAAGAUUUCUACAGCCUUCGACUCAGUCAAAUCUUGGAAAUGUAUUACUCGCACGAAGGUGUCACCUUUAAUACAAACGUGAAAGCUUGCGAUCGAGCACAAACAUUUUUAUACGCAGUACCAAAGACUAUUCUAAAUGAACAGACCUACGCCAUAGCUCAAAUGUUAGCUUAUCGUAAAAGCAUUGCAUAUAUUUCCCCUGAAGUGUUGCAACAAAUGGUUAAUAUUGCAAUUGAAAAGUUUUACACGUAUGCGAGCAAUUACUUGUUCCCUGAACUACCGUGCCAUCAAGUAAAACAACCCCAAAUAGAAGCACUGAUUGUAUUCGAUGGCGCAUGGACGAUAGAAUAUACAAAAGAUUUUCUUGCGAGUCUUAUACAGGAUUUGGAUGUAUCAAUGUAUGGAUCAAAAAUGGGUAUAAUACAUGGCACUUCAGCAGAAUGGCUGUUAAAUGUAACAAAUAGUCCAUCAACCGCGUUUCAAGCGUUAAACAAUUUUACCAAUGCUACGUGUAAGAUUUGCUACUCUGUGAAAAUUUUUCUUCGUACGAUCACGAAUGAUGUAUUUCUAGGGUCGACAGGAUUUAAUUACACUCGAAUUUUGGAAACGAAGUUUAUUUUAUAUAUUACGUAUCGCGGUAUAAUGAAAAUUUAUUCAGGUCGUUUAUUUUAUGGGAAGAAGAUUAUAUGAUAAAGAAUUCCAAUAUCGACGCAAUUACUCAAUAUGUAUCGAGAAUUCCACGAAUAUUAAGACCCAUGAUAACUGCAGAUGUAAAUGUAACUAAAAACAUUAUUUCCCAGUGGGAAGAUUAUGUAAGCCCUUCGAAAUCUAUCACUUACAGGAUACAUUCACACUGGAAGCGAAAUAUGAAAAAAAUAAUAGUUACGGUUUGUAUUCAAAGGGCAAAUUGUAUUCAUACUUUUGGCUAUGGUACAAUGAAAGCCUGUUCAUGGUUAGGAUUUCAUCCCAACGAUAGACAAAAUUUACAGUGCACAGAAUUAUCUGGCUAUAAGGAAGUUACAUUGAUCGAUCACUUUAAAUGUACCAACACUUCAGCUUGUCCUAAUUUUUAUCUUCGAAUACAAAACGUAACUUCUUUGUAUAAAUGUGCAGAAAUAGACUGUAAAACACCGGAUCAAGUAAGAUACAUAAUAAGAACAAAUCAACAAAAUGUUCAUAAUUCUGCGGACAAAAAUACAGUAUUGAUCUCGUUGAAUAUUCUAGCCUUAUUUGCAUUUCGAAUAUUUGUGUGA